UGGAAAAUCGCCGUGGAUUGGAGCGGUGCUCCGAGUUUUUUGUUGUGACAUACAGUUUUAAUUGGAUUAUUCUCUCGGUUCGGGUCGUGUUGUGACAUAUAAGAGUAAGUUGACUUAGUCGCGGUGUGAUACGAUGACGAUCUAUUUACAUUCAUCUUAAUAGAAUUAGUUUUAAUGGGACUAUUCUUUUGUUUUGGGGCAACGUGUGUCUAGAGUCAAUGGGGUCGUUGUCUUGUGACAUAUAGAGUUUAAAUGCGAUUAUUUUCUUGGUUUGGGCCAUGUUGUGACACAGACGUUUGCGCAUUUCCAGUAUGAUACAAUGACAAUGGCUGAACAUAAUCGAAAUUUCCCAUGAAGGUGAAUAAAAAUAGCUGCUGAAAGUGUUCUUUAAGAAACAUGAUGUUGGGUCUAGUCAAUCCUAAAACAUUUGCCUGCAGUGUUAAAAUAUUUAGACUGUUUGCACAGCCACAUAAUUUUAGAUAUGCCUCACAAACUGGUCAAUCUGAGGAACACAUCAGGACAUUUAUCACAGAAAACACAGAGAUUGUUGGAGAGCAGAGUCUGACCCCUGAGAUCCAGCUGAGAUUACUCACACCGGCCUGCAGAUUCUGGAGAGAGAAGCCUGACCUCUGGCCCUUCCAGGACCCGUACUGGGCCAUAUACUGGCCCGGAGGACAGGCACUGUCCAGGUAUCUCCUGGAUCAUCCCGAGGUGUGUCGGGGUAAAACCGUCCUGGAUCUGGGGAGCGGCUGUGGAGCUUCAGCCAUCGCUGCUAAACUCAGUGGAGCCGCUCAUGUCGUGGCCAAUGACAUCGACUCUGUUGCUGCUGUUGCAACUCACCUGAACUGUGAGCUGAAUGGCCUGGAGCCCAUAUUUUCUGUAACCGACAACCUGAUCGGUUCAGAGCCCGAGAGUUUUGACCUCAUCCUUCUGGGUGACAUGUUCUAUGAUGAGGCCCUGGCCACCAGCCUUCACGGCUGGUUGGAUCGUUGCAUCGAGAUCCACGGCACCAGAGUCCUGAUCGGAGAUCCUGGUCGAGCCCAGUUCGAGAGUCACGUCAUCCGACAGCUUUUGCAUCAGCAGGCCCACUUUGAACUUCCCGAGUCUGUCAGAGAAGAGAACUACGGCCUCACCUGCAGCAGCGUUUGGUCCUAUCGUUCUGAAGUCUGAGGAUGAAAGAGGAGUGUCCGUGUUUCUGUGAUUAAAUCUACUUAGUCACCUGACUAUCACUUUCUCAAGUGUGUUGUAGCUAUAAGCUUAUAAAAUCUCUGGAAGUGCCAACAUUGCAUUCAUCAUGAAUGUUUGGUAUUUGCAUGAGAGAAUCAUAAAUGAAGCAUCUUUAUAUGAGGAUCAUUAUUUUGUUUAGACCCGGGGAGUCAAACACAUUUUAGUUCAGAGGCCACAUGCAGCCCAGUGUCAUCUUGAGUGGGCCAGACCGGUUAAACAAUGCUGUAAUAACCUUUACAUUUUAAAGCAUUUCUUUAUUGUGGCAUGAAGUAUACUUGAUAUGUCUAUAUUUUUACAAAACCAAACAAUUACUAUUGAUGCAAACACCUAAAUGCCCUUAAAAUUCUAUAUCUGUUGCAUUAUGCAUGUUAUAUUUUUUUAUAAACUCACCCUGACAGCAUGGCCAGUUUGCUAGCUUUCACGGCAGCAUCACUCAUAUCUUUGCACUGAAACUUGUAUCGAAAAAGCUUCAACACAGUCCUCUUUUUGGGGCAUUUCAUGGCCAGAAGUAUAAAGAGCAGCUUGAAAGAAAUGCUCCGUUACCCACUACAGAGCUGAGCUGACAGAUUUUGUUUACUCUCAUGUGACAGCGCUGUCUGCUGCUGUGGUGCUAUGAAAAGCAUUUUUUGGGUGAAAAAAAAUCUUUUGUUUUACUCUGUUUUGAUGAAUAAACUUUCCUUCUUUAAACUUG